UUUCAGAUUGAUUUUUAUUCUCACAUACUCAUCGGUGGCGUUAAGAAUGUUUGGUCGAGAUAAGUUGUUUUUGAAAACUUAUAAGGCUUUGGCACCGGCUAUACGCAAGCUAAGUCUUAAAGAACAUCAAGGUAUAUCGUUGCUUAAACAGGCUGACAUACCUGUUGCACCAUUUGGUGUUUCUCGAAGCGCUGAUGAAUUAUAUAAUGAAGCUCGAAAAAUUGGUGGUAAAGAUCUUGUUGUAAAAGCUCAAGUACUAACGGGUGGACGAGGAAAGGGAUAUUUUGAGUCAGGCUUGGAAGGUGGUGUACAACUCGUUUUUUCUCCUGAAGAAGCACGUGAGAAAGCAUCAAUGAUGUUGGGUUCGAAAAUUUUUACCAAACAAACAGGUGCGUCUGGUAAACUUUGUGAUGAAGUAAUGAUUUGCAAGCGAUUGUUUACACGGCGAGAAUUCUACUUUUCCAUUACAAUGGAUCGGCAUACCGGAGGUCCAGUAGCUAUAGGAUCGUCGAAAGGUGGCGUUAACAUUGAAGAAGUAGCUGCAAAAGACCCGAAGGCUAUCGUUAAAUGUCCAAUUGAUAUAUUUGACGGCAUGAAAGAUGCAGAAGCCAGCUCAAUAGCCGAUCGUAUGGGUUUCAAGGAUGACCUCAAGAUACAGGCAGCGAAUAUUUUUAAAAAGCUAUACAAUUUAUUUAUUAAAUAUGAUGCGACACUUAUUGAGAUUAAUCCAAUGGCGGAAGAUAUCAAUGGAAAACUUUACUGUUUGGAUUGUAAGUUGAAUAUUGAUUCAAAUGCGAGUUAUCGACAAGCAGAAUUAUUUGCUAUGGAAGAUAAACAGCAACAGGAUCCUCUGGAAUCACGUGCGGCAAAAGCUGAUCUUAAUUAUAUUCGACUGGACGGUAACAUAGGCUGUAUGGUGAAUGGAGCUGGGUUAGCGAUGGCAACUAUGGAUAUUAUCAAACUUCAUGGCGGCGAUCCAGCGAAUUUCCUUGACGUUGGAGGUGGUGCUACCGCUGAGCAAGUUGCUGAGGCUUUUCGUAUCAUCACUGCAGAUAAAGAUAAAGUCAACGCAAUCCUUGUGAAUAUCUUUGGUGGUAUCAUGCGUUGUGAUGUCAUUGCGCAGGGUAUGAUCACUGCUAUCAGUGAACUUCAAUUGAAAGUCCCCGUUGUUGUUCGUUUGCAAGGUACUCGUGUUGAAGAUGCCAAAGCACUGAUUGCGGCUGCUAAUUUACGAAUGAUUUCAUGCGAUGACUUGGAUCAAGCCGCGAAAAUGGUUGUAAAAUUGUCGGAAAUAGUUCAGCUGGCACGAUCGGUAGCAGUUGAUGUCUCUUUCCAGCUUCCCUCUUGAAUUUCGGUUCUAACAGAAAGUGAUGCAAAGUUAGUAUGCGAUGUUAAUAUUAGUUUAUCCUUUUUAUCCAUUUUGUUAUUAUAUUUCUACGAUCAGUUGAAACAAGAAAGUUGUCUGCCUUCGGUAGUGAUUAUAUU